ACAAAAUAAUACACUUUUGUCUUCUUGUUUUAGAAGAACAUCCAAUUGUGCAUUGUUGUGACUUUGUGUUGAAAGUAGUUGAGAAGAUAAGAGUGUAAAGGGUCGAGAUUAUGGAUACGAACAAGCCCCAGAUUAUCUGUCACGUGGAAAAGUCUCUCAACUACACCCUCUUUGACUGCAAGUGGAUCCCAAGUACGGCCAAGUUUGUUGUUGUCGGCAGUCUUGCCAGAGGCACCGGGGUCAUCGAAGUUUUUGAAAUCGCUUCCACGGAUAUCAAAUCUGUAGACAGGAUCGACACUGGAGUUUCGUUAAAAUGUGCAAGUUUUGGAAUCUCACCCACCGGAAGAAAAUUACUAGCUUGUGGCGAUUUCAACGGGAAUCUGGAAAUCUGGGACUUGGACACAAAGGAGAAAACGUAUGAAGUAAAGGGUCACAAAGAAAUAAUUAACUCACUAGAUGCUAUUGGAGGAAAUCUUGCGAAUGGACCCCCAGAGGUGGUAACUGGCAGUAGAGAUGGGACGGUUAAAAUCUGGGAUGUUCGACAAAAGGACAAGCCUGUGGUUGUGAUCGAGCCUGAAGAAGGAGACCAGAAAAGAGAUUGUUGGACAGUAUCAUUUGGGAAUUCCUUCAAUAACAUUGAAAGAGUUGUCUGCAGUGGUUACGACAAUGGGGACAUUCGACUGUUUGAUCUACAUCAAAGUAAAGUCAUUUGGGAAAAGAACUUGAAGAAUGGCAUCUGUUGUGUUGACUUUGACCGGAAGGACAUUGCAAUGAAUAAACUAUUGGUGACAACAUUGGAAUCAAAGUUUCACGUUUUUGACUGCCGCACCCUACACCCAAAGAAAGGACUAACUGGUGUGUCGGAGAAAGCGCAUAAAGCGACCACUGUCUGGGCUGGUAAACACCUGCCUCAAAAUAGAGACAUUUUCAUGACCAUCGGGGGGAAUGGUGGCAUGUGCCUUUGGAAAUACAAUUAUCCUUCUUGUCGGGUGAAAAAGGACACUGAUUCUGGCCUAGAUAUGGGAGUUGCAGGGUCCGUAGAGUUGUUGCAAAAUAUGACGAUUGCUACUCAACCAUUGUCGUCUUUUGACUGGUGUCCUGAUAAAAUGGGUCUCGCAAUUUGCACAGGAUUUGACCAAACGCUUAGAAUGAUCAUCGUUACAAAAUUAAAUCAGUUUUGAAAAACCCCAGUGAAUAAUGCUCCUUUGUUAUAUUAUUCUAGUCAGCUUGGUACUAAUUAUUUUUAUUUGUCGCCUCAAUUAAUUACGAUAAUAUGGAGUGCCUUUUAAACGUAUUAUUUAUGUUGAAUAUUUUUGCUACUCACCAAAUGUAUAAAGACUCAUCACAAAUAAAAUCCGCAUCAUGCACUUUUUAUCGUA